GACGACGACGACGAAUUUGGUGAUUUUGAAGAAUCGGAGCCAGCACCACAGCAAAGGAUCCAGGCAACAACAAAAGAGGCUCCUGUACAGCCUGCGAAAGAGUUCGAAGACGCAGAUGUCGUAGGCUCAUGGGGUGGUGAAGAAGACGAUGAAGAUGAUUUCGGAGAUUUUGAAACGAGUGAGACGCCGGCCGUCAGCAGCGGCACCCCCAAACCUACGGCUCCACCAGCUCAGCCGAGGACGGUCAAGCCAUCGGCACCAGCGGCAUCAAUGGGAGCUGUGGAUCUUCUAGGCCUCGAUGAUCCACCGGAAACAAUGAAUAGGGCACACCAACCACCACCUCCAUCUAGGGCACCGAAGAAGACUGUCUCGGCGCCUAAGGCCGCAACCACGCGUCCUACAAAUGCACCUCGUCAGCAAUCCAUGCUAUCCAACGACGAUGCCUGGGACGAUUUUGAGAUCUCUCAGCCUACACAACCUGCUGCAUCACAGAAAGCAGCAGCAGAAGCACAAUUACAAAUCCAACUCCCAAAGGACAUCCUAGGUGAUCUUACCGCACUCCCCUCAACCACCGGCGUCGCACCCUCCAACAUCCCACCACCCUCAGUCCUUCUAACCAUCUUCCCACCCGUGCUGACCUCCCUCUCCCACCAAUUCCUCCAACCUCUCAGUGCCCUCUCAUCCUCCCAAAAAUCCCUCUUCCUCUCAAAUCAAGAAACAAAAUCAUUCUUGGCAUCCUAUGUAACUCUCACCCAUGUCGUCGGCCACGUAAUAGCCGGCCGCAAGUCCCGCUGGAAGCGCGACAAACAUCUCGCCCAAAGCAUGCGCAUCGGACCAGCAAUGUCCGGCCGCAGCGGCGGUAUGAAGUUGACCGGUCUCGACAAAUCCGAAUCCGGCCGUGAAGACACAGAAGUCGAGGUCGUACUUGCCGUAUGGCGUGAACAAGUUGGACGAUUGAAGACAGCAGUCACAGGAGCUUCUGUUCAUGGCAGUAAACUCACCGUGCCUGAAUUGGGGGAUGUGCUUCCUGUACGUGUGGCCAAGGGCAGUGAGGGUGCUAUUACGAGUACACAGGCAUGUGCACUCUGUGGAUUGAAGAGAGAAGAGAGAGUGGCCAAGGUGGACGUGGCAGUCGAGGACAGUUUCGGCGAGUUCUGGGUGGAAGGAACGAAUAUGCAUCGUGCAUGUCUGAAGUUCUGGGAGGUGUUCAAAGGACGUCUGAUGUCGAGAUAGUUGGUUGGCAUCUGGAACAAACAGAACAAAAGUAGACAUAGAGCAAUGGUAUUGGCCAGCGAGUAAUUGAAUAGCAGUAACUAUAUCAAG